AUGAGUGAAGGCUCGCCCAAUUUUAGAUAUGCGCAUCCCGAGCUAUACUGGCCCGUGGACCUGCCCCACCUGCGCGGAAUGGCGCAGCCAUACAACAAGCAGGAGAUCGCCAGGGCGCGGCAAUACAUCAUCGCUGCCCUAGCCUCCCGCGGGAUUCCGUAUCGGUUCGAGGUGAACGACAAAUGGUCCCGAGCCGUCUGGCUCCGGAUGGAGUGUAGUCGGGGCGAGUUGCUCGCUGCGGUAUCUGCCCUUCCCAGCGUCAUCCGCCCCGGCACCACCGACCAAGAUGACCCCAACCCUUUCCGCGCAGACCUCUUCGUGAUCAUCUCCACGGACCAGCGACUGGUGGAGAUCCACUGCCACUGCGAAAGCAUGGCGUGGUCUGAUGAGCUCAGCCCCUUCCAGCGGGAGCUGUGGCUCGAUGUCACGAGGUUCGGGGACGAAGUCGCGCAGUGGGAUCUGCGAGGCCCUUUUCCCACAGCCUUGUUGGACCGGUAUGAGAGGCUGGUCCGGUACGCGGAGAUCCGGGCGAACGAGGUGCACGCGGUGCGUACGCGGCUGGACCGCCGGGGGACGAUGGCCCUGGUGGACGUGUACGAGGUUUUCCACCCGGUGCGGACUCACGAGGAUUGGAACCGCGUGCAGAGGCUGAGGCAUACCUAUGGGGCGUGGAGGGAGGAGCAGUUGUAUCAUUCGAGGUUUUGCUGA